AUGGUUCGGGACUGCGGUCUUGGCCCGGGCAGUUUGGCCGGUGGUCCUUUGCGUGACCAAUCACGAGCUACAGCGACUGUCUCCGGUCUCCGCCACCGCCUGUGUCUCAGGCACAAAGACGCCUUUCAUGCUCCCCUCUUGUGGCCAUUCCACAUUAAUCUCAUGUCACUAGACGACAUGGAACCUGGCGCUCCUUCUGAGAUGGCCUUUUAUUCUGCAUGCAUUGAUGGUGACCUGAGAAAAAUAGGAAAGCUCCUCGCUAGCGGCUUACCCACACGUACCCUCGAACAUGGCCUUAGUCUCGCUACCGGUGCGGCGAAUCCGGAUGUUGUGGCCGCACUUUUCGAUGCUGGUGCUCCAAUGACAGCCUUUGCAAUAGAUGCCCUUGGUGGAAAGGAUGGCGAGCAACAUCCCGAUGUAGUUCGUCAUUACCUCGAUCGGGGUCUCAAUCCUAACCCUCGUGAGCUCCUUUUGCGAGGAGCUGAUCCCAAUCGCCGCGGACCAAAGAAGGUAGCUCCGCUUGCCACUGCACUAGAGAUCGCUUGCAAAGAUGACACAUCUUUAUUUGACCUAUUUGUCGAAUACGGGGCCAACAUAGAACCCAGUCUCUUCUUUCAGGCAAUUCGUCCGCGUGAGGUAGAUGGGGAAUUCAAGACCAAGUUCCUUCUUGGUAAGGGUCUGAAUCCGAAUACGACAUCUCCAGAAUGGGGCACGCCUUUGCACUGCGCCGUCUACAUUGCGAAGGAGGGAAUUGUCAAAAUUCUGCUAGAUGCAGGUGCAGAUCCUGCAGCGAGAUCAAAGUGCAGACAGUUCGGUGAUAAGAGCCAAUCGGAGGUGGCAGAGACGAGAAUGAAGUAUACUACAAACGUUCCAGAUCUGCAGGCUUCCUUUCUAACCAUACUCGAGCUUCUUCAAACUUAUCAACGCUGA